UAUGUUGAGUUGACCAGAAAUUUAUGAAGUGAAUUUCUGAAGUUGUUUGAAACAUUAUUUCUAGAUAUGUUUGACAUCCAAUAGCCGAUGAUUAAUGAAUCAAUGUACUCUAGUGGUGUCGUUAAACAAAACAAACUUCUUAUUUCUAGAUAUGACAGAGGUAGUUUGUGGAGGGGCGUUAUAGACAAAUUGACAGGUUCCAAUUCAUAUUGGUUUCUUAUGGUACUCCUGCGGUUCACAAUCAUCUCCAGUGGCCUACAGUAAACAACUGAUUGAUAACAGAAUGACUAAUACCUCAUAAGUUGUACUACUCUCUAGUGUGUGAUACUUGUAGGCAGCUAGAGAAGUGUGGGAGGCCAGUGGUAAAUAUAUUGUGAUUGAUAACAGAAUGACUAAUACCUCAUAAGUUGUACUACUCUCUAGUGUGUGAUACUUGUAGGCAGCUAGAGAAGUGUGGGAGGCCAGUGGUAAAUAUAUUGUGAUUGAUAACAGAAUGACUAAUACCUCAUAAGUUGUACUACUCUCUAGUGUGUGAUACUUGUAGGCAGCUAGAGAAGUGUGGGAGGCCAGUGGUAAAUAUAUUGUGAUUGAUAACAGAAUGACUAAUACCUCAUAAGUUGUACUACUCUCUAGUGUGUGAUACUUGUAGGCAGCUAGAGAAGUGUGGGAGGCCAGUGGUAAAUAUAUUGCUCCUAAUGGUGCUGUGAUGAGGACGUCAAUUCUCGGAAUUCACCAGUACUGGAACACAGAUGCUGUUGUUGCCAACACUGUGAACAUCUGUAAAACAACACAUUACGACCCAAGGUGUCAAGCUUCCUGUGUAGCCGUGGUAACGGCAAUUAGUUUGAUGUUAAAGAGAGGUGAGCGGCAUGUAAAAUCGAAGGGCACGUACAAAGUGAAAGAAAUCAUCGAGGACAGCUACGAGAUGGCUAGCAAGUGUUUGGAAACUGAGGAAGAGAAACAAGAACUGAGGAAGUAUAUGACAUGUGAGAAUCUUUCUGACCUUAUGCUAGAUGAGAGCGGGAAGAUUGGUUACACAUACAAGUGUUUGGGGUCAGGUUUUUGGGCCUUGAAACAGAAGGAUUUCAGGAAAGCCAUGCAGUGUCUUGUUAUGGAGGCUGGUGAUGCAGACACAAACUGUGCAGUAGCUGGGGCCCUGUUGGGGUGUAAACUUGGCCUGGCUGCGUUACCUAAGACCUGGGUGUCGAAACUGAAACAUCGUGCUUGGCUUGAUGAGAAGAUCAACAGGUUUCUCAGUCUACAGACAGAAAUGAGAGAGAAAAGUCUGAAGACUGAUCAGUGUGUUAAGUGAUUGGUAAAUGUGGAAGUAAAACAACAGAACUGUGCAACUUGUCAAGUGAUUGGUGGAAGUAAAUAGUAUAUCUUUUGUAUAACUUGUCAGGUGACAGAUGGAAAUAAAAAACAGAUUUUCUGUGAUUAUAAAGUGACCAGUAGAAGUAAAUAGUACUAAGACUGAUGGAAAUAAAAAGCAGACCUUCUGUGUAAUUUGUAAAGUAACUAAAGUCAUCAGACUAAAGACUGGUAGGUACUGGGUUCACAUCCCAGGCAGAGUGAGUUUUAGCAUCUCAUUGUUCAGAGGUGCAAGACCACAACAGCAAACAUCUCCCUCACUAACCUCUAACCUCCAACCGAGGUCAGAUUGCUGAGGUGUGUGCCCAGAACAGCAUGUUUCAACAGUAAUUGAAUAUAAUCAUGAAAAUUAAAUACCCAUCAGAAAACUCCCACUCCUUUAUUGAUAUUUAUUAGCAUAGAACUAAUCAAAGGGUAGGCUUCAACUUGAAAACAAAUAUGACUACCAGACAACUUUGUAUUAUCCAUUCCGUUUGUUAAGUCCCCAGGCUUCCAUGCACAAAGAUGUCCAUUGUUCUUGUUAAAUGUUCACAUUUUCUAGGAAUGGUACUACCUCCCUUUUGGAAAUCAUGAUGUUUGAGAUUUGCCAUUCCCUUUUAGUCUGUUCCACUGACUAUCCAUUAUGGCAUUUUCAAGUUUCCUGUUUAUGGCUUUCCAAGUCAAUGGUUAUUGUGUUGCUACUUUUGUUUCAGAUUCUCUUCUGAGAUUAUUUUUGUCUUUUACAUUACUAGUUUUUACCUCUAGUGGAUAUCUAUCUAAAUCGGUUAUGCAUCAGAACACUUACAUGUAUACUAACCUAUAGUUGUAUAUACGGUACUGUUAUUUGUGUAAAUAUUAACUUUGGAAAUAUAAUCAUACUUUGUUUUAUUUUACUCUGUAAAUAUCUGUAAAUUUUUGUUAUAA